AUGUCCGUAUGCAAUAUGUUCAAAUUCGUUAAAAUACUACCACCAAACGGGUAUCUCUCAUGUCUUCCCAAUCAAUACCUGGAUAGAGAAAGAUAUUGCGUCCCCCUCCCUCAACGGGCGAAUCGGUAUUUUGCGAUGGGCCGGCCUUCGUAUAAAAGAUUCGUCCACGAUAUGCCACCAGCAUUUCCCAAUGAAAAAGAAAUACCGCGUAUACCUUCGGAUACUUCACUGGUUUAUCCAUGUAGUAUCCAUCCACUGGAUAAUUGCAUCAAGAUAAUCAUAUUAAAGUGA